AUGGCACUAAUGGUGGUGGUUUUCUUGCUGCUCCUCUUCUGGGAGAAUGAACUGAAUGAGGAUAUCAUGGCGACAUCCUUGGAGCAUUUUCACGUGGACUAUCCUCAGAAUACUGUCCCUCUGAGAUACUGCAACUUCAUGAUACAGCAGAGGGCCAUCAGGGAACCCGACUACACAUGCAAAAAGCUGCACGUCUUCAUCCAUGAGCGGCCUCAGAAAAUCAACAGAAUUUGUGCUUCUCCCAAGAAGGCGACUUGCACAAACCAUACCGACAUUUUCUGCUUCCAGAGCGAGACAAGAUUCAAAUUGACAGUCUGUCAGCUCACUGAUGGCACCAGAUACCCUGCUUGCAGGUACCAAGUCUCCCCUAUAGAGGGGUUCAUUCUUGUCACUUGUGAUGACCUAGGACCUGUUAAUUUUCAGGGAUAUGUUGAAUAACUCACCAGCAGCAC